GAGUUUCCUGGUUUUACUCAGUGAUUCAAACCCAGAGCAACAGAGAGGAGCACAACCUCAGAGGUCAGAGGUCAGAGCGUCUGAACCUGGACCAGAACCUGAACCUGCUGCAGACUGGGCUCAUCAAUCAGCACCAAUUCAAAAAAUCAAAAAAUGCCGCUGCUGUGAAGCCCUGAAACUGUUACCUGAAAGGAUUUGUCCGUGCACUUUGAAAAGUGACGUCUUUUUUUCAUGAGGCAUCUUCAUCCCAUCAUCAUCAUCGUCACUGAUGCUUCCUGUUUCCUUCAGCGUCACGUCUCCUUCAUCUAAACUCCCUCCCCACUUAUUAACUGACAUGAAUCCAUUCGCAGAUUCAAACCCGAACUCUCGUCUUCAUGAUGUCACUUUUUCACAUUCAGACCCCACCCCUUGCAAUGAUUCCCAUAAUCCAUCUCUCUCCAGUUCACUCUACCCUCCGGUCAUUCCAACGAAUCACAGCUCUCCUCCCUGUGAUGCCUCAUCAGACCAAGUCGGAGGUCACGACAUGGUUCGAUUUCCAUCCUCAGUCGCAGGCCUCAGAUCUGAGCUAGAUGUGACAGCGGAGAUGCCCCCCCCCUUCUCUGUUCCUUCAGCAAACCCUUACCCCGCCCAUACCGCCGCCCUCGCCUCCAGCCAGGUCUCCAUCAUCAUCCCGUCCCAGGACCCCCACUCGCCUCCUCCCCCGCCUCAGUGCCCUGAGGACUCCUGCCCAGACCUGGAGUGUGCCAUCUGCUUCAGCGAGUUCAACAACGUCUUCCGCUGUCCCAAGAUGCUUCACUGCAAGCACACCUUCUGCUUGGAGUGUCUGGCACGCAUGAAUGUAAAGUCGUCUGAGCCCAACGCCAUUCAGUGCCCGCUGUGCCGCGGCCUCACGCCCCUGCCCAACCUUGGCCUGCCCAGACUGCCCACGGACUCAGAUGUCCUGUCGUACCUGCCGGCCGCCAUGCAGAGGGUCUACAGCAUCCGCUUCCUCCGAAACAAAGGGAAACUGAAGGUCAAAAGAUCGUCAGAAAGUCACCAGCGGUGGGGUCAGAGGUCGUCACAGUUAUCGAACCGCUCCCUGGAUGUGGGCCUUCCCAGCCCGUCUGUCGGGGCCCACAGCGAGGCGGGUGGUGUGGGAGGAGCUCUGUUCAGGCUGACGAGCCGGCCGGCGUGCCGAGCCUUCCUCCUGACGUCUGUGGGGAUGAUGUUGGCGCUGCUGACCGGCAUCAUCAUCUUUCUCCUCGUCAUCUGACUGGGGGUUAGUCUGACUGACUGUGAGUGACAUCACUUCCUGUUUUCCUUCAGCAGUUUUUGUGGAUGUGAGGGAAGUGUCACAUCUGAAUCCAGUUCCUGAGCAAUGAGCGAGGAGAUGACCACCUGAUCAGCUGAGCGACCUUUAACCUUUUACUAGAGCUAAAAGUUUCAUAAAAUCACUGAAACUCAUCUUCAACACGAAAUAAACAUGUUGCAGCUGAGGAGGAAACUCACUUUUGCCAAAAGCUGUAAACGAAGGACUCGGCUGACAGCUGGAGCCAGAAGCUGCCUCAGCUCAGUUUCUCAGAUGUAGAUGUUCUCUGCUGCUUCAACAACAACAACAACAAGCCUCUAUCACACAAACAAAACUAAACCUCCGAUCACGAGCUGAUGAUGAGGUCAUGUGUCAAAGUCUAAAGUCAGGGACUGAAACAUGAGGCCUGUCAGCAGGUGGCGCCCUCGUCCUCUGACUCCUGGUUUGACUUUUCUUGGCAGUUUCAAACAUUUACUCUUAAAACCGACUCUGAAGAAAAUAAAAGACGAGUUUCCGCACUUGACAACGACAACCUUCAGGUUAUUUUAUGAAUCCAGGUUUUCAGACGUCUCUGAGUUUUCUGUUUCCAAACAAAGGAAGUGAUUGAAGUUUAAAAAGUUACUUUCAGGAACGUGACCCCAUUACUGUGGGUGUUUAUCGUUCAUUAUAAUGAAUCCUUGUGAAAACUCUGGGCCGAGACUUUUAUAUUUAACAGAUGUUAAAGAUCAUAAACCUCUGUUUUGUUGUUGCUGCUAGAUUCUUAAAGACCUGCUGGAAUAAAAUGAAUGAAAUCCUAACUAUGGACUUGAGGACUUUGACUGUGGACGGUUCGUCGGCUGCUCCAGUUAGAAACAUCAUCCCGCCUGAAACAAAUAGUUUUACAUUAAAAACAUCGUGAGUCAUGAAUUUCAUCUCGUCCACAGCUGAAAACAACUGAACCAUCAACAAGCAACUUUUCCUGAAGCACUUUUUACUCUCAGGCUUUGUUGCUUAAAAACAUAUUUUAAAAGAUUAUCUUCAAAACGAAAUUUCAAAUGUGAUGGUUUAAGAGAAAAACAUAUUUAUUUCAAACCUGUCGUCGUUCUUAUGUUCUUCAGUGCGUUUUAAGCUUUGACCUUUAAACGACCUGUUUUACUGUGUGAUGUAAAAUAAAUGAUUUUAUAUUUAUACUGUUUUAGCAAAACCUGCAGUGUCACCAUGUUUGCUGUGUUACACUUAAAUAAACUAUUUUUUGAGUUAAACAAA